AUGUCUAUCAAAGAAGAGGCUCUGGAAGCUGAACUGUUGAGCGACGGCGGCGUUACUGGCCAAAAACGGCCAAGCGUCAACGCGGCCAACGGACCGACGGCGAAAAAGGCGAACACGGCGAAGCUGGAGCCCUGUAGCGAUGAAGGAGAGAAGCUUGUGGAGGAGUAUCCUAUUCCAGAUCAGCUAGUCGGCCUUGUUAUCGGCCGCGGCGGAGAGAACAUCCAACGCAUCCAAGCAGAAACAAACUGUGGAAUACAAGUACAGGCCCAGUCCACAGGAACCGAGAACCGUCCCUGUACUCUCACUGGAACAGCAGAGCAAUUGCAAGCUGCUAAAAAUGCACUCAAGGAAGUGAUCGCGAAUGGGAAACUCAAAGACGAGCAGAAUGCUAGAGACGGAAAAUCGUACAACCCUGGUAGACGGGUUCCACGUGAGACCAACGAUACAAGAGCCAAACCUCUUACCAAUACUCGACGGGCUGUCCCUCAACCUCAAAUGCCUAAUCCAGCGCAGCCCUGGCAGACAACCACUGAAGAGUUCCUCGUGCCUCCUGACAAAGUCGGAGUUGUAAUUGGAAAAGGUGGCCAAAACCUCAAAAACCUGCGACAAAAGUACCAGGUGUCGCUCGAGCUCGUUCAAAAAGAAUCAGACCCAGAAGGCGUUGCGAAAGUACUCAAGAUCACUGGAAAUAGUACACAGAUUAAUGGAACUAGAAUGGACAUUUUCACGACUCUGCUGCCGAAGGAAGAGAAAACUGCGGCCAAGCUCGCUCCUGGCGGCCAAGUCAAAAGCGAGUUCCCAGUUCCACAGGGCGCUGUGGGAGUUAUUAUUGGAAAGAAAGGAGAGACGAUUACACAGCUUCAAGGGGAAACUGUCACUAGGAUUCAAUUCAAACCAGAAGAACCGGAUGCGGCCACACGCGGAUGCUACAUCACUGGAACUAUGGAAGGAGUUCUCCGCGCGCAGCAAAUCGUGAUGUCAAUCUGCCGUAAGAAGAUGACUGGAGUUGAUACCGUGCAAAACAUUCCCAAGUUCGGCCAAUCUGCGGCUCCUCCCAUGAUGGCACCGCCACACAACGGCGCGCCACCGAUGAACUGGAAUCAAGCGCCGACAGGACCCGGAGGUUACAAUGGGAGCAUGCACAACAACUACCAAAUGCCGAGACCACCACCAGCUCUACAGCCCGAGCAAACAGUUGACUACCCGGUUCCAACUCAGAAGACCGGUGCUGUUAUCGGCAAGGGAGGCGAGCACAUCAUUGCAAUCAAGAACCAAUCAGGCUGCCAAAUUACACAGAACAAGACGAACCCUCCUAGCAACGACCCCGCCUGGCGAUACUUUACUAUCAAGGGCCAGCCAGAGGGAGUUGCUCUCGCGCAAAAGCUAAUCCAGGAGAAAGUUGGAGGACCACCUCCUCCAGGAGCUAAUCUGAGCGGAGUUCCUCCAUCAACACCGCCGCAUCACAUGAUGCAGCGACCGGGUUACCCACAACCUCCAUAUGGUGGUCCCCCACAAAGAAUGCCUCCUCACAUGCCCCAGCCUCCACAAGCCGGUCCACCCCAGUUUCAAUCUCCAGGAAUGCCGCCAGUCGUCCAGCAUGGCGCCCAACACCAACAGUACCAGCAUCCUAGUACUCCACAAUAUCCUCAACAAGCACCUCCACCAGCUCCGGCCCCGGUCCAGCCAGCGCCUGUGGCCCAGCCUCAGCAGUCGACCGAUUACCAUGCCGCAUGGGCUGCGUACUACCAGCAAAUGAAUAGUCAAUCGCAAAAUCAGGCUCCUGCCACGCCAACGCCACAGCCAGCAGCUGCAGCGAGUCAGCCCGACUAUACAAAAGCCUGGGAAGAGUACUUCAAGGUUCAAAAGCACCAACAGAGCAAUAAUGGAUCGACAGCGCAGGCGGCCCAGGCGACGGGCAGUCAACCAGAUUACACAGCUGCCUGGGCAGAGUAUUAUAAGAGCAUGGGAUACUAUGGGAAAAGCUGA